AUGACCCCAUUUUCAUUUUCACCACCUUCUGGAAAAAAAGUGGCUGAAGAAAGAACUAAACACAAAGAAAUAAAUUUGCAAAGGAAAAGAAGAGUAAAGAGGGAACACAUACGCCUUAAAGAAAAGGAUAUUAUUUUUGCCUUUUGUUUAAUUUUCUUGCUGUGUAUUAUUAAUCACGUGCAUCAUAUCUCCCAAAAAUUAAAAGAAAAAAAAUUAUUCCAGAUGAUGGAUUGUAACAACAAUACAAGGAAACACAAUGAUUCAAGUUCUAACAAAAUAUUUGUUGGAGGGUUGGCUUGGGAGACUCAAAAGGAGACCCUGAGAAGAUAUUUUGAGCAAUUUGGAGAUAUUAUAGAGGCUGUUGUCAUAACAGACAAGAACACUGGAAGGUCCAAGGGUUAUGGCUUUGUCACAUUCAAGGAUCCAGAGGCAGCAAAGAAAGCAUGCCAAAAUCCAUCUCCAAUAAUUGAUGGGAGAAGGGCAAAUUGUAAUAUUGCAUCAACUGCUGCAAACAAGAAACACUCUUCACAAACUCCUCAACAUGAAAGGUUUAAACCAGUGGCUGGAAUAUUGGCUUCACCUUCUCAUCAUCAUUUUGUUCCUUCAUCAACAUUUUUCCAUCAACCUAAUGAACAAUUCAGAAUUCCUUAUCCAACUUAUAGAUAUAAUGGAUACUCACAAGAAACAAUGGUCUCUAUGAAUUGUUAUGCUAUCUAUGGAGGUCAACAAUUCUCACCUUACUACCCUUCCAAUAAUGGGGCAAUAGGGCCAUUAGGGUUUAUCCCUAAUAUUUACCCUUUGAAUGCUCAAUAUGCACAUAGAUAUCAUAGUCAUCAAGGUCAUGGUUUUAGGGUUCAAUAUCCACAAAUGAUGCACAUUCCAGUUUUACCCCCUAGAAGACCAUAUGGCUCACCUGGUAUCUUGACUUUUCCUCCUUCAAUGCCAACACCACCAAUUAGUAACUCAGGUGAAAAAAUAUUUUGAUCUUUUAUGUGUAUAUUAUGAUUAUUAUUUUUUUAAAAUUUCUGUAAUAAAAAAUAAAAUUGAUUUUGAAUUUUAAUAUUGAAAAUUUUAAAAUAUCUGGCUUUAAUAAUUGACAUUCGCUAUUUCUAUUAUUAAAUGUAACAGUGACAAGAAGAACUGCUACUAAAAAAACAGAAGUGGCAACAAGAAAAGGUGCAAGUGCUUCAAGACCCAAAAGAACUUCUUCUAUCUAAAAUUCAUCAACUUAAUCUCCAUAUGGAUAGAGAAAUUAUGUCUUGAAAAUAAUUAUGAAGAUCAAAGAAGGGUUCAAGGACAAGAAAGGGUUGAUAAUAGUGAUAUAUACUUGAAUACUUGGUGAUAUGAUUCAUCAAAAAAGAGCAGGGACAUAGAUUAUUAUCAGGUGAAAACUCAGGUACAGUCGACUUCAUGUGAAGUUGAUAAUUAAGAGCCAUUAGAUGAAAAUUUAGUCAAAAUUUCAUCUAACGGCUCUCAGCUAUCAACUUCUAAUAAAAAUUUAGUCAAAAUUUCAUCUAAUAGCUCUCAACUAUCAACUUCACAUGAAGUCGACUGCACCUGAGUUCCACCUUAUUAUUAUUAUCAGCAACAUAUAUAUCAAUCAAGGGAAUGAUUCCAAGAAUGAUUCAACUUGGAAGAGUUAAUUGCUCAAGGAAUAGAAAAAUGUAUAUUAUUUUAUAUGAGAAUUAAUAUUGUUAUGUUGUGCAUGCCACUAACUGACCUUAUCCCAAUAAUACCCAAUAAUUAAUGGAUAAUUUCAAAUUGUUAAUUACUAAAAGUUAUUAUAAAGGGGUAAGUACAGUAGCAUCCAAUGAUACAUAUAGUCCUACUUUUUGAAAAAAAAAAAUUAAAAUAA